AUGUCCGUUUCUUUUCCGGCGCCGUUGACGUGCGCGGUCGGCGGCGCCCUCCUGGCCGCGGCGGCGUGGCUGCUGUGCUUCAGGCUGCUGCCGGCCGUCGUGGUAGUGGUAAGGCUGAGAAGGCGGCCGACGAAGGAGGAGAAGGCGCAAGUCCCACCCGGUAGCUUCGGGUGGCCGGUGGUCGGCGAGACGCUGGACUUCGUGUCCUGCGCCUACUCCCCCCGCCCCGAGGCCUUCGUCGACAAGCGCCGCCUCCGGUACGGCAGCGCGGUGUUCCGGUCGCACCUGUUCGGGUCGGCGACGGUGGUGACGGCGGACGCGGAGGUGAGCCGUGCCGUGCUGCAGAGCGACGCGCGGUCGUUCGUGCCGUGGUACCCGCGGUCGCUUACGGAGCUGAUGGGCAAGUCCUCCAUCCUGCUCAUCAACGGCAGCCUGCAGCGGCGCGUGCACGGCCUCAUCGGCGCCUUCUUCAAGUCGCCGCAGCUCAAGGCGCAGGUCACCGCCGACAUGCAGCGCCGCCUCGCGCCCGCGUUCGCGGCCUGGCGCGACCAGGGGCCCGGCGCAAGGCUCCGCAUCCAGGACCACGCCAAGACGAUGGUGUUCCAGAUCCUGGUGCGAGGUCUGAUCGGGCUGGAGGGAGGCCCGGAGAUGCAGCAGCUCAGGCAGCAAUUCCAGGAAUUUAUUGUCGGACUCAUGUCGCUUCCCAUUAAGCUGCCAGGGACUAGGCUCUACAGAUCCCUCCAGGCCAAGAAGAGGAUGGCCAGGCUGAUUCAGAGGAUCAUACAGGAGAAGAGAAGGAGGAUCCUCUGCGCCGGCGGGGAGGCGCCGCCGCACCCGAGAGACGCCAUCGACGUGCUCAUGGGAGACGGCAGCGACGAGCUCACCGACGAGCUCAUCUCCGACAACAUGAUCGACCUCAUGAUCCCCGCCGAGGACUCCGUGCCCAUGCUCAUCACGCUCGCCGUCAAGUUCCUCAGCGAGUGCCCACUCGCCCUGCAACAGCUUGAAGAGGAGAACAUGCAACUGAAGAUGAGGAAAACUGACGCGGGUGAAACCUUGGAGUGGACAGACUACAUGUCCUUGUCAUUCACACAGCAUGUGAUAACGGAGACUCUGCGCUUGGGGAACAUCAUCAGCGGGAUCAUGCGGAAGGCGGUCCGGGACGUUGAGGUGAAGGGACAUCUCAUCCCCAAGGGUUGGUGCGUGUUCGUGUACUUCCGAUCGGUCCACCUCGACGACACGCUCUAUGGGGAUCCCUACAAGUUCCAUCCAUGGAGGUGGAAGGAGCAGGACACGAGCACUAGCAGCUUCACUCCUUUUGGUGGUGGGCAGAGGCUGUGCCCAGGCCUGGAUCUGGCCAGGCUGGAAGCUUCCAUCUUUCUCCACCACUUGGUCACCAGCUUCAGGUGGGUGGCGGAGGAGGACCACAUCGUCAACUUCCCGACCGUGCGCCUCAAAGGGGGCAUGCCCAUUAGGGUCACCGCCAAAGAAGACUAGCCAUCUCCAUCCAUCCAUGCAAGCCAGGUCAAGCAAGUUGCACAUACAUGCCAUGUAUACCACCACUGCUACUGCUACUUUGGUGUUCGAUCAUGGAAUCCAAGAAUGCUGAAGGAUCCCUCAGACAAGGCAUGCAAGCUCUGAACUGAGCACCGGACAGGGUGAAAUUAAUGUGCUGAUCUGCCCUGUUUAAUUAGAUCAUAGAUGUACAUAGAUAUUAUAUGUAAUGUAAGUGUUAGUAGGGAGAAGUUGGGAGCUUAAUUAGCCAAGAAGAGGUAGAGUACUUACUGAUCAGUACCACUGGCUAACUAUAGCUGAUCAGGAGGACUUUGAUGGUGGUGUUAUAGUAGUAGCAUACUUAUGUUAUGUCGCGAGGAAUUAAGUUUGGAAGAAAACAAUCACCAGCUAGGAAGAGAGAAUAUAGAUAUUAUAAUGUAAUUGUAAGUGUGAGUGUCAGUGUUAGUACUUGGUAGGGAGAAGCUGGCAGCUUAAUUAGCCAAGAUGAAGUAGAGUACCUGCUGAUCACUGCCACCGCCUAACUAUAGCUGAUCAGGACUUUGAUGAUGAUGGUGUUAUAAUUUUAGUA